CUGUAGUAUUAUUAUUGACCCAAGCAAUAUUUAAACUGCGCAGGGGGAUGGCCUGUCAAGAAACAUUGGACUGUAAUACCAUGGGUGGGUUUACAAUGAAAUGCAUGAUGGUCCAACUAAAGCAGGAUCUAAUCUGACUGAUACUAUAUGUUCAGCCUCAGAGCUUCUCUUGGCUUUCUUCUGAUCGGUGAUAGAGUGUGGCAGCGGCGGCUGGCCAGAGGUGCUGGAUGAUAUCGACCGGUGUGUGUGGUGACUCCAGAAGAGAGACUGUCGCGUUUUACGUCACUUCUUAAUGAAUUUGUAGUCAUAUAAGGUGCUUUACUGGUCUGACUUGCUUGUCCGAUUGACAAAGGUAAAAAUGAGCGCCGCGGUUUAUGUUUUGUCCACGGUUACCGCCGGGUAUGUGCUAACAUCGGCGUUACUGCUGAAGUGUCCAUCACUGCUGCACCGGCGAAAGAGAGAAGCCUUCCGAAGCAGACACAUCUCACACCGCGGCGGGGCCGGUGAGAACUUGGAGAACACAAUGGCAGCCUUCAAGCACGCUGUAAAACUUGGCACUGACAUGUUGGAGCUGGACUGUCAUUUGACCAAGGAUGAGCAGGUGGUGGUAUUGCAUGAUUCCAACCUCAAGAGGUCGACUGGCAUUAACUCAUACAUCGCUGAUGUGGCUUAUGCUGAACUUCCACCUUACCUUUGUAAGCUUGGGGUGACUUUCAAACGAGAGUGCUACUGUGAAGGAGGAGAUGACAAACGCAUCCCUCUGCUGAGAGACGUGUUUGAAGCUUUCCCAAACACCCCUGUAAACAUCGACAUCAAGGUCAACAAUGACACCCUCAUCAAGAAGGUGUCCGAGAUGGUCACCCGAUACAACAGGGAGCAUUUGACCGUCUGGGGAAACUCCAGCAAUGAAAUCGUUAGGAAAUGUUACGAAGAGAAUCCGCAAAUCCCAGUCUUGUUCAGUUUGUCCAGAGUGCUGCUGUUGGUGGGUCUUUUCUACACAGGCCUCCUGCCCUUCGUCCCGCUCAAGGAACAAUUCCUGGAGAUUCCAAUGCCUUCCAUUGUUUCCAAACUCAAAGAUCCUGAGCGUCAAACACGGAGUCAGCGUUUUAUAACGUGGUUGGCAGACACACUCCUCAUGAGAAAAGCUCUAUUCGAUCAUCUGACGGGCAGAGGAAUACAGGUGUAUAUCUGGGUGUUGAACGACGAGGAGGACUUUAAACGUGCCUUUGACCUUGGAGCUACAGGGAUUAUGACAGACUAUCCCACCAAGCUAAAGGAGUUCAUGGAGAAAAACAACUACGCUUCCACCCUUAAAUAAGACUCGAGGCCAAAGUAAACAAUCAAUAUGCUUUUCCGCUGACCUUUGGCCUCUGAAUGGGCCUUUUAAUUACCCAGCAGUCUUUGAUGUUUAUGUCCGUGAGUGUAGAAGUGGCAGCUAUCAGUUCUGCAUUAAUCUGCAAUCAGCAAUUCAACAUCAGAGCCGCUUUAAAGCGAACUGGAUGUCAUGAAAUCAUUCUGUAGCUUUAACUUCAUAGCAAUACACAUUUUCCAUAAAAAGCCGGAGGAUUUAUAAGAGACUAUGCUGAAUUAUCAAUUAUAUUAGGGUGAUGUCAUGAUCGUCAUGAUAUUUCUGUGAAAUUUACCCUACGGGCACUUUCAGUGUAUGAUUGACUGGCAGUUGAUUGUUUCAUCACAGUGUGAGGAUGUAAAUCCUACUGGUACUUGCUGUGCAUCAGUUUCUGCAAUAACACUGAACUCACUAAAGCGUUAAUUGUCUAAAUGACAAUACCGAAGCUACUGAAGUUUUUCCAAGGCACCGCAAAUAAACACUAGUUUUAAUGUGUAUUAUGGGAUUGUUGAGAGACUAGUAAUCAGAGGGCACUGGAGAUUUUAAGGUUUACUUCAGUACUAUGCGGUUUAAUUGUGGUUUGAUUGACGUGUGUAUAUUUUGUGUUUGUAAAUUUGUUUUUGACAAUAA